UCGUAUAUAACAUGACGAAAAAGUGAGGUUACGGUUUUUUUUUUAAAACACUUAAAAAGUUGUAAAUAAUGGCCUCACAAUUAUUAAAUGUAACAAGAACGUUAUCCAAAUUAUCCCUUAAUACAAAAUGUAGGUUAGGUAAUACCCUCAUAAAAUUGGAACAAGAAUUGGCACCACAACCCCUAUUUAGUAACCCAUCUCGAAACACAAACUUCUUCAACAAAUUGCCUGCCCAUGAUCUUUGGAAAGGAAUCACCUCGGUCAGUAACGCCGGUAAAAAACGAGGCCGUGGCAAAACCGUCUCGAAGAAAAACAUCAAAGACUUAAACAGAGGACAAAUCAUAGGAGUCGGCAAAGCCAACAUCGUCUGGCCAGGCCUCACAGCCCCCAUUAUAAGAGGCAAAGAAAUCGUCGAACAACAACAACUACCGGAAGACCCCGAGCGUCAAAAAAAACUAGACGCGCUACGCGACCAGAUGGGAACCCACCGCUACGCCAAACUAAGCCCCAUCGAGCGAGGCUGGUCUGGGGCUAAAAUGCCCGGACGCAGCAUCGGCCCCCCUGACCCCAUAGGCGAAGAGAUUUUCACCGGCUUUGACUCGAAAGUCAUCGAACUCAAAACCGUCUUCAACAUGAAAGGCAACUUCGGGCGCAAGCGCCGCGUCUCCGCCACCGUGGUCACCGGCAACCAAAACGGCGUCGCGGGCUUCGCCAACGGCAAAGGCCAAGAACCAAAAACCGCCCUACGCAAAGCCAAAAAUCGCUCAGGACAAAAACUCAUGCACAUCAAAAUCUUCAGAAACCACACCGUUUACCACAAUUUCUUCACUCAGUUCGGCGCCACGAAGAUUUUCGUCCAGCAGAAACCAGAAGGGUACGGUUUGGUUUGUCACAGAGCCAUUAAAACUAUUUGUGAAGUCGUGGGAAUUAAGGAUUUGCAUGCCAAGGUCGAGGGGUCGACUAGUGUGACGCACGUGAUGAAGGCCUUCUUCUUGGGGUUGAUCCGGCAGAAAAGUCACGAGGAAAUCGCGGAAAGCAAGGGGCUGCAUCUGGUGGAGUUUUGUAAGGAGAAUGGGUAUUUUCCGACGGUGUUGGCGUCCCCGGCGAAGUGCAGGAGUCCAGAUGAGAUCAAGAACGACGAAAUUUUGGAUUUCACGCAGUACUGUUACGACGGGAGGGUGGUUUUGAAGAAGAAGAAACAUCCCCCGUUUUAUACCAAACAUAAGUCGUACGAAAUUUAUUUGAAGAAGCAGGAGAAAUUGAGGAAUAAGGAGGAGGUGAAGAUGAAUUUGAUUGCGCAGUAUGGGGAGAUCAGGAGCUUCUUGACGGAGAAGUAUCCAGAGUGCAGGCCUUACAAGGAACCUAAGAAGGAACAAGCAGAAGAAGAUAGCAAUACAUAGAGAUGAUUUUGUAUAAAGUUAAAAUGUUUCCUUUCUGUAUUGACUCAAAUAAAUCUAAGAUUUAAGUA